AUGACUCGGCACUCUGAAUCGUCCCUGAAGAAAAUGGCACACUGUCGUUGGAUCGUACCCAUUGGCGUCAAUAUUCAUAUUGUUACAUAUGAACAGAAUACAAAAAAUGGAAAGAGUACUUUGAAGGUUGAUGAGAAGGUGUACUACAGCGAUACUCCAAAAUGGAGCGCUUCAGAAAAGUUUUCCAUCGAAAAGACCACUUGCGAAAUUAUUACAAAAAAGACUUCAAAUGAGUUAGUAUACUCACUGAAAGUCGAUAACAAGCCAUUUGAAGAGUUCCGCAACUCCCAAUACAAAGAAUUUGAAAGAUGGGAAGUGUCCUUCAAAGGUGAAGGAAAGUUCAAUAUAGUGCUGGACAAAGGACUCAACGUUUUCAUUGAUGGCAAGAAGGUGAAAACCGAACGAGAUUUCACGGACAGGAACGCCGUCGCCACCUUCGAAUUUGGCACCCACAAAGGACAGCUGACUUCGUAUAGCUCAGGAAAUCAAAUCGAGCAUCGUCUCACGGUAGACGGUGAGACACACCCACGCUUCAUUGAUGGAUUGGAUGGAGUCCACGUCCUGUUCGGGGACACCCGACAUAUUAGUCUCUAA